GCUGCCGCCGGGCGUCUGCAGCUGGCGGAGAGGCGUCCCGGCUGCGGGCGGCUCUGGGACCGAAGGCGCGUUUCGGGGCGCCGGGGAGCAGCGCCUGGCCUGAGCUCCAGAAGCCGCGGGGCUCCAGCUGCAGAUGCGGAAGCCAUGGAGUUGAGCUGCAGGGAAGUUCCUCUUUACGGACAGAUGACAAUCUAUGCAAAGUUUGGCAAAAAUGUUUAUCUUCCUGAAGACGCGGAAUUUUACUUUGUUUAUGAUGGAUCACAACAGAGACACAUUGUGAUCGCAGAGCGCACAGAGGACAACGUGCUGCAGUCCAGCAUUCCAGGCCACUGGCUACAGGAAGCAGUGACUGUGUCUGUGUGCCUCUGCUCAGAAGGUUACUCCCCAGUGACCAUGGGCUCCGGCUCGGUGACCUACGUGGACAACAUGGCCUGCAGGUUGGCCCGUUUGCUGGUUACCCAGGCCAACCGCCUCACAGCCUGUAGUCACCAGACCCUGCUGACACCAUUCGCCCUGACAGCAGGCGCCCUGACUGCAUUGGAUGAGGAGCUCGUGAUGGCGAUGACCCAGCUGGAGCUGCCUUCGGGGUGGACUGUCCUGGGAGACUCUUCACCAGAGGUAUCUCUACACAGAGAGUCUCUUCUACACCUGGCUAUGAGAUGGGGCCUGGCUAAGCUUUCCCACUUCCUCUUGUGUCUCCCUGGGGGUGUCCAGGCCUUAGUGUUACCCAACGAAGAGGGGGCCACGCCUGUAGACUUGGCCUCACAUGGCGGACACUCGAAACUUGUGGAAGAAUUCUCAAAUUUCCAGGGCCCACGUUCCCUAGGCUUCUCCAGAGUGAGGCUCAGCGAGGAUGCUUCUCUGCAGUAUGUGCACUCAUCAGACACGCUGACUCUGACCCUUAACCACACAGCUGAGCACUUACUGGAGGCAGAUAUUAAACUCUUCCGAAAAUAUUUUUGGGACAGAGCCUUUCUUGUUAAGGCUCUUGAGCAAGAAGCCAGGCCAGAGGAAAGACCAACCAUGCCCUGUGGAGCUGCAGACGCUAAAGAAGAGAUUAAGAACUUGGUGUUGAGCAGAUCACCACUCAAAAAAGAGGAUGGAAAGUGUGUCCAAAGCCUUGUUGUUGGGCUGAAUGAGCAUGAGGACCAGGCCAGCCUAGAUGUAGGUCGCUCCUAUGAUGUCCUCAGGAAGCCCACGCAUCCCUCAGUGUUCCCCGCCGCAGGCCAGCUCUCCGGUAUCCUGAAUGGAGGUGAAGAGAUCUACGCCAACUGCAUGGUGGUAGAUCAGGUUAGCGAUUUGGAUAUCAACUAUAUUAACAUUGAAGGACUCUCCGCCCACGCCGAGCCCAACUCCAUGGGUUCGAAUCUGGGCUCCCACAGCUGUGAGCACCUGGAGCACCUGGUCCCCGCGCACACCCGCGCCAUCAUGUGCUCCCUCGCGGAGAACGGCAACCUGGCCCUGCACGCUGAAGCCACGCGGUGCGUGCCCUCCCCGACUGGUGCAGGCCCUUGCAACUUGAAUCUUUCUUUUGGUCUUGAUGAGUUUGUAAUGGAACAAAGUCCUCUGAAGAAGAGAAGCUCCAGCCUGGAUGCCCUGGUUGCCACCAGCGAAGAAGAAGGACGCCCUGAGCAGCCGCACACUUGCUCUAGUCCUGUCCCUCAGAGCCCCUCAAGAACUGGGGUUCCCAGUGAGGAUGAGUUGGACUCUUUCGAGAGCAACAUUGAACCCUAUUUCAAUAUCUCCAGGACUGAAUCACUUUCUCUGUCAAGUAAUCUGCAGCUGAAGGAAUCAUUGCUUUCUGGAAUUCGCUCACGUUCUUAUUCGUGCUCAUCACCUAAAAUGUCUUUGAGAAAAACACGGCUAGUGCGAGAUUUUACAGUGUGCAAUUCAAGUGAAGGACAAAGAUCUUACAGCUUAUCAGAGCCGCCCAGAGAGCAAAGAAUUGAGGAAGAAGAAUGGGACAAAUUCAUCAUCCCUGCUAAAUCAGAGUCUGAAAAGUAUAAAGUGAGUCGAACUUUCAGCUUCCUCAUGAAUAGGAUGACUAGCCCUCGGAAUAAAUCCAAGAUGAAAAACAAGGAUGCCAAAGACAAAGAGAAACUGAACCGACAUCAGUUUGUUCCAGGAACGCUCUCUGGGGUCCUGCAGUGUGUGGCCUGCGAUAGGACGCUCCUGGGGAAAGAGUCACUCCAGUGUUCUAACUGCAAUGCUAAUGUUCAUAAGGGUUGUAAAGACGCCUUGCCUCCAUGUAUCAAGAAAUUCCAAGAGAAAUACAACAAGAACAAACCACAGACGAUCCUUGGAAGUUCUUCAGCCAGAGACAUCCCACAGCCUGGGCUCUCCUUGCACUCUUCAUCUUCCAUGCCCGUUGGACUCCCAGCUCCAAGGAAGGAACCUGCAGGGCAGGUCCCAGUGCUGUCCAGAAGUGUUCCAAGUACUGCAGUGGAAAGCUCCAGGAAGUCAGCCACAUCCUUGGAGUCUGAGGGUGAUGGGAACAACUGGAGAAGCAGGUCUCAGUCCGAUGAGCUGCAGUCCAUAGGCUCUUCUUCUUCCAUGGAGACUUUCAUAAUGGAAGAUGUCAUGGACUCUUCUCUGUGGAGUGAUCUCAGCAGUGAGGCCCAGGAGUUUGAAGCAGAGUCGUGGAGCAUGGUGGUGGACCCCUCAUUUUGCAGUAGGCAUGAGAAGGAUGUCAUCAAAAGGCAAGAUGUCAUUUUUGAGCUAAUGCAGACGGAAAUGCAUCACAUCCAGACCCUGUUCAUCAUGUCUGAGAUCUUCAGGAAAGGCAUGAAGGAGGAGCUGCAGCUUGACCACAGCACCGUGGAUAAAAUUUUCCCCUGCUUGGAUGAGUUGCUCGAAAUCCACAAGCAGUUCUUCUACAGUAUGAAGGAGCGCAAGCAGGAAUCCUGUGCUGGGAAUGACAGGAAUUUUGUGAUCAACCGGAUUGGAGAUAUUCUAGUACAGCAGUUUUCAGAAGAAAAUGCAAGUAAAAUGAAAAUGAUAUAUGGUGAAUUCUGUAGCCAUCAUAAGGAAGCUGUUAGCCUCUUUAAAGAACUCCAGCAGAAUAAAAAGUUCCAGAAUUUUAUCAAGCUCCAAAAUAGUAACCUUUUGGCUCGACGCCGAGGAAUUCCAGAGUGCAUCCUUCUGGUCACCCAGCGCAUCACGAAAUAUCCUGUUUUGGUGGAAAGGGUGCUGCAGUACACAAAGGAAAGCACUGAAGAACACAGAGACUUAUGCAAAGCUCUUUCCUUAAUUAAAGAUAUGAUUGCAGCUGUGGAUCUGAAAGUCAGCGAGUAUGAGAAAAAUCAAAAAUGGCAUGAGAUUCUAAACAAGAUUGAAAACAAAACAUACACGAAGCUCAAAAAUGGCCACGUGUUCCGAAAGCAGGCACUGAUCAGUAAAGAAAGGACACUGUUACAUGAUGGCCUUGUUUACUGGAAAACUGCUACCGGUCGUUUUAAAGAUAUCCUAGCUCUGCUUCUAACUGACCUGCUGCUCUUUUUACAAGAAAAAGACCAGAAAUACAUCUUUGCAGCUGUUGAUCAGAAGCCAUCAGUUAUUUCCCUUCAGAAGCUCAUUGCCAGAGAAGUCGCUAACGAGGAGAGAGGAAUGUUUCUGAUCAGUGCUUCAUCUGCUGGUCCUGAGAUGUAUGAAAUCCACACCAACUCCAAGGAGGAGCGGAAUAACUGGAUGAGGCAGAUCCAGCAGGCUGUAGAAAGUUGCCCAGAAGAAGAAGGGGGAAGGACAAGUGAGUCUGAUGAGGAGAGGCGGAAAGCCGAAGCCAGAGUGGCCAGAAUUCAGCAGUGUCAAGAAAUACUCAGUAGCCAAGACCAGCAGAUCUGCACAUAUCUGGAGGAAAAGCUGCAUAUCUAUGCUGAACUUGGGGAACUGAGUGGCUUUGAGGAUGUCCACCUGGAGCCCCACCUUCUCAUUAAGCCAGACCCAGGGGAGCCUCCCCAGGCCUCCUCCUUACUGGCAGCAGCUCUGAAAGAAGCGGAGAGUCUGCAUGUUGCAGUGAGGGCCUCGCAGCUGCACGAUGUGAGUCACUCAUCCCAGGACAGCGGCACAGAGUCUGUCUCCAGGGACGCACUUGGUUCCGACGAUGUCCCAGGCCCGCCUGCUGCCUCACCAGUCACAGAAUGGACAGAAGGAAGCGGCUGCUGGGAUGUGGACCCCGGGAUCCAGAGCGCGCUGCCUGACUUGGCAGGCUCCGAGGCAGGGGAGAAGGUGGACUGUCGAGGUCUCCCAGGUCCGUCACAGUCAGAGAUUAUACAAGCUAUACAGAAUUUAACCCGCCUCUUAUAUAGCCUUCAGGCCGCCUUGACCAUCCAGGAUAGCCACAUCGAGAUCCACAAGCUGGUGCUCCGGGAGCAGGAGAACUUGGCCCCUGGCCACUCUUUCCUGGGCACCCCCUUUCAGGACCAGGAGAAGUCCCGCAACCUAGAGAAGCAGCGGGAAGAGCUGGCCGAUGUCCACAAGCUCCAGCACCAGCUGCAGCAGGAACAGAGGCGUUGGCUGCGCACCUGUGCCCAGCAGCAGCGGGAGCAGGAAGCCAAGGAAAGCUGGCUGCAGGCGCGGGAGCAGGAGUGCCAGUCUCAGGAGGAGCUGCUGCUGCGGAACCGUGGCGAGCUGGAGCAUCAGCUGCAGGAGUACCAGCAGAACCUGGAGCGGCUGAGGGAGGGCCAGCGCCUGGUGGAGCAGGAGAAGGAGAGGAUGCGAGUGCAGCAGGGCCUGAUGGGUCCCUGGAGGCACAGUCGGCAGCGGAGCCUCCCUGCAGCCUUCCCUCCCUGUCCUUCUGGGAGCAAGGAGGUAAUAGAACUUAAUCGAUCUGAGAGUUUAUGUCAUGAAAAUUCAUUCUUCAUCAAUGAAGCUUUAGUACAAAUGCCACUUAAUGCUUUCAGUAAACCAAAUCCAUCAGGUAUCCACCAGGAUGUCACCUCCUCAACACACACUCCUAACUCUGAAUUGGUAAGGACUAGUGAAAGUCAAGUAGACUUCAAGAUAGACAAUUCGCAGCCUUCAGAUGUCAACCAUGAACUGUGGCCAGCUGCUGGACCCUGCCAUCAGAUACCUCCUCUCCGUGAUAGCAACGAUGAUUCUUGGGAAAAUGAGCUGGACACUUCCUGGACAAAGUCUCCACCCCUGCAGGACUCUGAUCUCUACUGCCCUCAACAGCAGACAUUCAUAGCAGAAGCGAAGCAAAAUCUGUCAACAAUGGCCAUGCAAGAUGGGCUAGCUGAAGACAGAGCAGAUGAAGACAUUGUUUACCUCUGAUUGAGUUGUCAUUAUUUCACCAAACAAACCCAACUCUGGCACUUUUGGGAGAACCUUUCUUCCCUACUCCUUCUGUGUGUGACUGUGCCCAAAUUGAUUUCAGGAUACUAUUUAAUACUUCAUGCAAGUUCACUCUUGGCCUGAGUCUAAUACUUAAAUUAUUGAAAACAGCUCUGUAUAAUCUUUAAUUUAUCACACCUGCUUUCAGAUUUCUGGAGGGGAAACUAACUUGGAUAUGCAGGAGUAUAUGAAGAGGUUAUUUGACUCUAAGGUACAAUUCCAGAUUGCAUUUUAUAUGCCGUCCCCUGGAUUUGGAAAUAAAAAGCUUUUAAGGUGGAGAUGAAACAAUUUGGGCUAAAGAGUUAUCUUCUGAAGGGAUGACUUUUCACUGUCAUGGCAGUUGGUUAUUAAGAGUGGCCCUGGUGCUCAAAAAGGCACUGGAGGCUAUGGAGAAAGCCUUUCCUCAGCUAGGCAAUCUGCAUCAAUCUCUUUGGGCAUCAGAGAUAGAGAUCUGUCACCAUCACCAUUCCAUCAGCGUGUCCUGAUAGGCACCUGUUCUGGCCCUGUGGCCACCAUCCCAGGAACACAGUCUGCAGAUGGUAAGGACCAGAGCUACAUGCUUUGAAACACACUGUCUUUGUCCUAAUACUGGUGAGAUCCUGUGCCAGUGGUCGGCAGCAUCCUUCAACCCUCUAAAGACAGUUGUGACAUAAACAGUGAAACUCUAUGAAAACCUUUCCUUCCAUCAGCCAGCCUGUUCCUGCUGCUCCCUGGACCACCAGCGACUAUCACCCAUGCAAAGGAAGCCUUUCCUGUGGGACAUGUACACUCUCCAUGAACUUGCUGCUGGAGGGCCUUUCCCACAGAGGACACCUGGCAGACCUUGCCUUUAAACCAGGAGAUGUUUUCAUUGUGUUCUGAAGAAAUAUUUGUAUAUGUUUUGGUCAGUGUCAGUAAAUACCUUUUAUGUCA